UUGGAGUUGUGAAGUUUCCAUUCCCUGCAGAAGGCCAACCAGUCUCACCUACCACUACAUCAACAUCACUAACACCCAAUCUCUCCAUUGCGUAGUAGAAAGCAUCAACCAUGGCAUCAAACAGGACUUUUGUGUAGGAGACCUUGGUGGACCAGAGAGCACUGCAGGCUACUUAUGCAAGAAGGCUACUGUGGUGACAGUGGAUGACUUUGUUUUCUCUGGCUUGGGUGUUACGGGGAACACCUCAAACCUUAUAAAAGCAGCUGUGACACCAGCAUUUGCAGCGCAAUUCCCGGGCUUAAAUGGCCUCGGCAUUUCGAUGGCUCGUUUAGAUUUGGCUCCUGAUGGGGUUGUGCCAAUACACAUACACCCUGGAGCCUCAGAAGUACUAAUUGUCAUUCAAGGUUCUAUCUUUGCAGGGUUUAUUUCCUCCUCAGCCAAUAAGGUUUACGUCAAGUCACUUAACAAGGGAGACAUUAUGAUAUUCCCACAAGGGUUAUUGCACUUUCAAAUCAAUGCAGGGAAGGGUCCAGAAUUGGCUUUUGUUAGCUUCAGUAGUCCAGUCCCAGGUCUUCAAAUCGUGGACUUUGCUUUGUUUGCUAAUGAUUUGCCUUCAGAGAUUAUUGAGAAGGUUACUUUCCUUGAUGAUGCUCAGGUUAAGAAGCUUAAAGGUGUCCUUGGUGGCACUAAUUAAGGUCUCUGGAGACCAUCUGUGUAAAAAAAAGAUAGUUUCUUAUUGGACCCAACUAACUGUUCCCUUUGUUCUGUAGCUUGGUCUGUCUUUGUUGUGAUUGAGAAAUCAAGUUUGUCAGUAUAGGAUUUUUCUAGUCAAUGUUGGUUAAUCCUAAA